GAUUUUAACCUUCAGUCUCCAGGUCAGCUGUUGCUCCCUGCAGAAGGACUCUCUCGCUCUCACUCUGUCCCACUGCUUUUUUGUUGUUGUUUGUUUUUAUGUGUGAGGAUAUGUGCGUAUGAGCCCACAGGCCUAGAAACAUGAGGUGUCUUCAGGUGCUGCUUCUGGGGCUCGUGCUCCUCCAACAGGGCUGCUGCUUUGAGUUUGUGAUAGACGGGGAAUGGGAGGAAGAGAUGCAGUCACACACACAGGAUCAUCGGGAGAGACACAGGAGAGCGAUAUUGACCAGCGAGGAGCAGGAAGACUUUGAGGCCAUCCGUGGAGAUGACAUCACUGUCAGGAGCUACAAGGUGGAGAGCCGCAUCACAUCACGCUUUGCCCACACGACCGUCAGGAGCUCUGUGGUCAAUUCGGGCUCCAAAGCCCAGAGCAUCGCCUUCAACGUCCAGAUCCCCAAACGAGCUUUCAUCACCAACUUCACCAUGAAUGUGAAUGGGAUCACAUUUGUGGGCUCAGUGAAGGAGAAGACAGUAGCCAGGAACCUGUACGCCCAGGCCAGAGCGAGGGACAAGGCAGCAGGCAUCAUCAGGACAAAUUCCCAGGACAUGGAGACCUUUAAAACAGAGGUCCAUGUUCCCUCAGGCAGCCAUAUUGAAUUUGAGCUGCACGACCAGGAGAUGAUGCACAGGAAGCUGAGUUUCUACGAGCAUACGCUGCACCUGCAGCCCGGGAGGCUGGUGCCGCAGCUCCAGGCGGAUGUUUACAUCUUUGAGCCAAAGGGAAUCGCCACGGUGCAGGCGGCGAACACCUUUGGAGCGCAGUUUGCAGAGCUAAUGAAAGUAACAUCCACCAAAGACAAGGCUCAUGUUGUCUUCAAGCCCACCUUACAGCAACAGAGGAAGUGUGAAAACUGCACAGAAAGCGCCAUUGAGGGCGUUAUUACUGUGUUAUAUGAUGUGAACAGAGACAGCAAUGCUGGGGAGCUGCAGGUCUCAGAUGGACAUUUUGUCCAUUUCUUUGCUCCUUCCAACCUCUCCCCUCUUCCAAAAAACAUUGUGUUUGUCAUUGAUGUCAGCGGGUCCAUGUGGGGGGUCAAAAUGAAGCAAACAGUGCAGGCCAUGAAGGCUAUUUUGGAUGACCUGACCAUCGAUGACAACUUCAGCAUCAUAGAUUUUAACCACAAUGUGCGCUGCUGGAGUGAGGAGCUGGUACCUGGCUCUUCCAUUCAGACUGGAGAUGCCAAGAGAUACAUUGAGAGCAUUAAACCCAAUGGGGGCACCAACAUCAAUGAGGCCCUAUUGAGAGCAGUUCAGAUGCUGGUGAGAGCGUCCAAUCAGGGGCUCAUUGACUCUCGCUCCGUCUCCAUGAUUAUUCUGGUGUCUGAUGGAGACCCCACUGUUGGUGAGAUCAAGCUCAGCGCCAUCCAGAAGAACGUGAAGCGAGUGAUGAGGGAGGAGUUUUCUCUCUUCUCGCUGGGUAUCGGCUUCGAUGUGGACUACGACUUCCUGGAACGUAUCGCCAUGGAGAACAGGGGCAUGGCUCAAAGGAUCUACGCCAACCACGAUGCAGCGGAGCAGCUACGGACGUUUUACAGCCAGGUUUCUUCACCCCUGUUGAGGAGAAUCGCCAUUCAGUUCCCAGUGGAUUUGGUUACAGAUGUCACCCAGAACCACUUUGAUAAAUUUUUCAGUGGCUCUGAGUUGGUGGUGGCUGGAAAAGUGCUGCAGUCUGACAGCAACACGCUGACCAGCUUCACCACGGCAUCUGCUGCCCGUCUGGACAUCACUUUGGAGACUGAUGCCGACACCACAGAGCUGGACACAGAGCUGGCCAAACAGCAGCACUCCUUCACUGGCUUUGCCCGGCAGAUGUGGGCUUAUCUUACUAUUAAGCAGCUGAUCGGUGAAAGGUCUCUGGCUACAACAGCUGCCAAAAAGAGGAGGAUCACCCAGAGGAUCAUGACUCUGGCUGUGGAGCAUCAGUUUGUCACGCCGUUCACCGCUCUGUUGGUGGAGAGCGAGGACGCCACGGAGAGGCUGCUGGCUGACUCUCCAAAGGACCCCAAACUUGGCUGCUGCUCAGGAGGAGGAGUAUCAAGUGGUCUGACCCCUGUAUCAGUUGUUUACCAGGCUCCACCCUGGGUCCAGAUAGCCACCACAACACCCCCCCCAAGUCAGGUUGAAAAGGGUCCAGAGGAGUACGCUCUGCCUCCAAAGGUUAACCUAGUGGAUAACGACCCUCACUUCAUCAUCCACCUGCCCAGAAGUAACCUGGACAUCUGCUUCAACAUUGACUCCACACCUGGACAUAUUCUUAACUUGCUGUCUGACAGCGGAACAGGUGUGACGGUGAACGGGCAGCUAAUCAGCUCUAAGAAGGUCAACAAACGCAAACUCAACACCUACUUUGGCACCAUCGCUGUCUACUACCAGCCAGAUGGAGUCAGUGUGGCAAUCAGCACUGACAACAUCACCAUGACUGAUGGCAGAAACAACCACUCCUUUACCUGGGGGUCCACAGCUGAAAUAAUACAGGAUGGGGUGAGGAUGUCCAUUAUGAAGAACUCUCAUGUCAUUAUCACUAUAAAUAAUAGUACCCAAGUGAUGGUGUUGCUUCACCGUGUGUGGAAGAAACAUCCAGUCAAUGUUGACUAUCUUGGUAUUUAUAUUCCCAAUGACAACCAGUACUCGCCUCUAGUCCACGGACUCAUAGGGCAGUUUUCUAGAGAGCCUGAGGUGAGCUUGUAUGACAUCCAUGAAGGAGCUGACCCUCUAAAGAAAGAGGGCACCAUAGAGGUGAAGGGCAACAAGCUGCUUGUCACCAGGGGCUGGCAGAAGGACUACAGGCAAGACAAGAAGCAUGGCUCCAACGUCUACUGCUGGUUCAUUCACAACAGUGGGAAGGGCUUCAUUGAUGGCCACUACUCCGACUACAUUGUUCCAGAUCUAAACAGCUUCCUCUACAUGUUCUGAGCAGCCAGAUGCACAUUAAAGUACCCUGUGCUGCUAUUAAUUCCCCGGGGUCAGUAAGAAAAUUACAAUUUACAAAGAAGUCAGAGGGAAGGGGAAGACAACAUGUAACCUUUUUCCACUUAUGUCACAAGUGUAACUAAAUUUCUUAAUUUCAUUUUCCACAGGACACCAGAAAUAAUUUUUGUCAUUUAUUUGGACAAAAUAUACAUCUGAGAAGUUAAAAUCAACUCAAAUACUAAAUAAAAACAAAGAAACAAACUGAA